UGUCAAUGUCAAAUAUUUGUUUGUCAGUGUCAAAUAUAUGCGCUAAAAUUUUCAAACGCCUUUUUUAAUAGUACGCUCUUUUAAGAAUAUCUAAUGUGCUUCUAGGAGAAAACAUAAUGGCAAAUCUAAAUACGUUACAAGAUAUGAUACUAGACGAAGAAAAACUAGUAACGUAUAUUUCUCUAAGCAAAGAACUUUGUAUUCAUGUAAACGAAAGUAAAAUGUUGUUGCAACAGUUUGUUGAUGACAUGCGCCAGAAAAAACCUAAAGCUGAUCUUACAGUUAGUUAUAUAGUGUCUGGUCUCAACAGUAAGAAUUCAGCUAGAACAGCAGUGUGCACUGAAGCUGAACUGGAACCGUUUAAGAAGGAUUUCAAGACAAUAUUUUACGCACACAUAUACAGUGUUGCCAAAGGCAGUUCCAUUCUUGAUAAUGCGUCUUUAUUAGCUACUAAUAAAUUAGAUGACUUGAUUUUAUGUACUGGAAUCAUAAAAAACAAUAAUUGCAUAAAGCGGACAGCAGAUGAAAUAGGAACUCUCAAAUCUAACAGUCAAGAUAUUUUAUUAAAUGUUGAAAACAAUACACAUACUGUCCAGAAGAAAAUUAAAAAGGAAAAUGAUAUACAAAAAUCAUCUAAGGAACCGGAGACAAAAAAAGUUGAAGCUAGGCCUUCUGAAACAAAGUUAGCUAACAAUAUAAAGAGUGAAAAUUGUUCUCCAAAAAAGAGUACAACAAGCAAACAAAAGGUAAACAAUGUUAGCAUAAAACAAAAGGGUAUUGCAGGGUUCUUUAGUAAGGCAAAUGAGAAUUCUAGUAAUAAAAAUGUGACGGAGGAGAGAAAAAUGGAAUUAAACACUGCAAAAGAUAAGCCAAAAACAGAAAUAAAAGAAGAAAACACAUCUGAAGAUAUUGUAAUGUCUGAUGUACAAGCAGAUUCAAAAGAUAAACAAGUACAAAAAGCUGUUGAAAACAAUAUAACCACUAACAAAUACCAUAAAAAAGAUAAUUCUAGUAAAGUGAAAACAUCACCUGAUAUUAAGAAAAAUAUGACAGUUGACAAAAAAAGGAAGAGAAUUGUUGUACAAUCUGAUAGUGAGAGUGAGAAUGAAGUUGAUAAUGAUCCAUUUGUGAAUGAAGACCAAACAGAGGUACAGAAUGAAUCUGAUGAUGAAAUACCUCCCACUCCAACUAUUGAUACAAUCAAAAUUACAUCAGGUAUCCUCAAUCCUAAAAAGAGAAGAAAGCUUGUUGACAAAACAUACACUAGUGAAGAUGGAUAUAUCUUAACAAAGAAGGAAGAAGUAUAUGAAAGUUGUUCAGAAAAUGAGGAAGAAAUAAGUAAAGAAAAUGUUGCAACAAAACAUGUUCAAAAAAUUAAACUAGAAACUUCACCGAAACAGAAGAAAAAUGAAGUUAAACAUGCAAAGAAAAAGAUUUCACCUCCUAAAUCGGGAAAACAACAAACAUUAAUGAACUUUUUUAAGAAAUCUUGAUUUUAUCUUAUUUCAUAUACUAA